AGAGAUCCCAGUUGUCAGAGCGCUCGACAGAAGGAAGUUAUAUGGUGUCUCUCCGCAGCGCGGAGCCUCCCUUCCCACAGACAGCUCCGGGCUCCCGCUCCCUCUCCCUCGUAAAACAUGUGCCCGUCUUCCUGUCCGCCAGGGUCUGGUUUUCACUGUCUCCUGCCAGCCCUUGGUGUAUCCUCCAUUCUUCACACCCGGCCUGGGUUCUCUGUAGCUGCCCCUCCUGCUGCCUUUGUCCUCACAUUAGCAUUAGCAGAAAGCCCUGGCCUGGACGGUGCUGCACUUCGAUUGCUGAGCCAGGAUGUCUGGGGAAGAGGGCAGAGCCAGCAGCCCCGAGUCUGGAGUGGGCACAGGCUGGAGAGCUGCCCUGGAUUCAUUCCUGAUGGAACUAGAGCAAAACAUCCCAUCUUGACUGAAAAAUGGCCAGUGAUGGAGAAUCCACCAUGGCCGUGGGCAGAGGUGGCACCAUGCAGCAGGAGGGGGAGAAGAGCCGGGCCCGGCCCAGGAAGCCCGACAUGGCACUCUACGUGCCCAAAGCACGACGAGAGAUGGCAGCCCCAGGAGUGGGUGCGACCAGCGCUGCAUGGGGGAUGGGGAGCCAGAGGGAGGAGGAAAACCACCAUGUGCUGCAGAAGGAAGGCGCCAAAGGCCACGGUGAGAGGCAGAGCCUCAGUGUUGGAGCCCGCAAGCACGUGGCCAGAGAGGGGAGGAGGUCAGAGGGGAAAACAAGGAAGCGCGUACCCCUGGGGGACAGCAAACGGGGCAGCGCUCCAGGGCGGCCCGAAGGAGCCACUGCCGAGGGCUGGGAUCAGCGUCGCACACUCCACCAAAACCAUCUGGCCCCAGAGGAUCAGCCGUGUGGGCAGCUGGAAACAAAUCUCCACAGUGAACAGCUCAGCCCUCAGGAGCCCUGCCUGGGUCAGGCUUCUGCUCGUAGUGAGGAGCAGGUGCCCAGCAAGCCAGGGCUCAGGGAGCUAAGCCGCAGGGGCUCGGAUUCAAGGACAGGUACUGGAACUUGUUCCCUUCUGUCGGUGGAAACAUCUAGUCCCCUGCUUGUGCUGCCGCAUGGAGGGGAAGCGCACACACAGAAGCAGAGGCCUGGGGGCCCAUGGGCCCGGCUAGGCACUUCCUCUCAACCUAGGAAUGAGAGCAGUGAUGAAACAUCAGAGCAGGCAGGGGGGAGCACAGGUAGCACAUCUGAAUGUGUAGACAAGAGCAUUCCAGCUCUGAGCUGGGAGAGCGCAGGCAGCGUGUGCGAGCUCAGAGGGGAGGGCACCGCAGAUCCAAGGGUGGAGAGGGCAGGCAGCGUGUGCGAGCUCAGAGGGGAGGGCGCCGCAGAUCCGAGCGCGGAGAGCGCAGGCAGCGUGUGCGAGCUCAGAGGGGAGGGCACCGCAGAUCCGAGCGCGGAGAGCGCAGGCAGCGUGUGCGAGCUCAGAGGGGAGGGCGCCGCAGAUGAGAGCGGGGAGAGCGCAGGCAGCGUGUGCGAGCUCAGAGGGGAGGGCGCCGCAGAUCCGAGCGCGGAGAGCGCAGGCAGCGUGUGCGAGCUCAGAGUGCAGGGUGCCGCAGAUGAGAGCGGGGAGAGCGCAGGCAGCGUGUGCGAGCUUAGAGGGGAGGGCGCCACAGAUCCGAGCGUGGAGAGCGCAGGCAGCGUGUGCGAGCUCAGAGUGCAGGAUGAGAGCGGGGAGAGCGCAGGCAGCGUGUGCGAGCUCAGAGGGGAGGUUGCCGCAGAUGAGAGCGUGGAGAGCGCAGGCAGCGUGUGCGAGCUCAGAGGGGAGGGUGCUGUAGAUGAGAGCGCAGGCAGUGUGUGCGAACUCAGAGGGGACGGUGCCACAGAUGAGAAUGCAGGAAGCAUGUGCAUGCUUACAGGGGAGGUUGCCGCAGAUGAGAGCGGGGCGAGUGCAGGCAGCGCGUGCGAGCUCAGAGGGGAGGGUGCUGCAGAUGCAAGCAGGGAGAGCGCAGGCAGUGUAUGUGAGCUCAGAGAGGAGGGUGCCGCAGAUGAGAAUGCAGGAAGCGUGUGCGUGCUUACAGGGGAGGUUGCCGCAGAUGAGAGCGGGGCGAGUGCAGGCAGCGUGUGUGAACUCAGAGGGGACGGUGCCACAGAUGAGAGCAGGGAGAGCGCAGGCAGCGUGUGUGAGCUCAGAGGGGAGGGUGCCGCAGAUGAGAACGCAGGGAGCGCGUGCAAGCUUACAGGGGCAGGUGCCGCAGAUCCGCCAUGCAGGAGGGCGGGGAGUGCUGCUGCUGCUUUAGAGGGAGGCCUGCGUGAGCAUGCCAGGGCGAGAGUGCACAGCACAUCCCCUAGGACAGACUCUGGCACCAGGGCCCCGCCGGAGCGUGUGGACGAGGCCAGAGGCAGCGCAGCAAUGUGUGGGACGGAGAUGCCCUGCGGCUUGGGCAGCUGUGCUGCAGAGGGUGCCCCCUGUGCACGUGGAGCUCCUGGGAGCACGGAGCACAGCCAGUCUCUGGAGAUCCCAGGCAGCCGCUCGGCCGGGAGCUUGGCUGAGGAGGUGGACUGUCCAGGCGGGGUGGCGAGGCCAUCGCAUGGCUUGCGAGCGGAUGGAGAGCCAGGGAUGGAGGACGGUGGUGUGACCGAAGGCGGCACGUCAGAAGCGCCUGGGCAGCCAAGUGACGGAGCUCCGAGCGAUAGCUGUGCUGCGGCAGAGGGGAGCUGGGACUUGCUCUUUAACGCCGAUGGAGACUGCCUGGACCAACGUCUGCUGCAAGAGCUGUCGGGCGGUGAGAAGCCCAGGAGCAGGCUGCAGGAGCCCCGUUUCGACUACUCCGGCUGGCAGCCUGAGCUGGACCUCAGCGACUCGGAGCUGCCCCAUGUCAUCGAGAUCUAUGACUUCCCGCAGGACUUCGGCACUGCUGACCUGCUGCGCGUCUUCUGCAGCUACCAGAAGAAAGGCUUUGACAUCAAAUGGGUGGACGACACGCAUGCACUGGGCAUCUUCUCCAGCCCCGUCGCAGCACGCGACGCUCUGAGCAGCAGGCACGUGAUGGUGAAGACCCGGCCCCUGGCGCAGGGCACGAGAGCAGCCAAGGCCAAAGCCAGGGCUUGUGCUGACCUCCUGCAGCCGGCGAAAGAGCGUCCGGAGACGUCGGCGGCACUGGCCCGGAGGCUGGUGAUCGGAGCCCUCGGAGUGCGGAGCAACCAGAGCCGAGCCGAGCGCGAGGCCGAGCGCAAGAAGCUGCAGGAGGCCCGAGAGAGAAAGCGCCUGGAGAACAAGCAGCGGGAGGACAUCUGGGAAGGCCGGGACUGAGCCAGGGCUGCAGCAGAGGAGACUGGAGCACCCAGGGCUGCUGGCAGGCGCUUGGCGGGGGCCACUGUGGUGCCGUGGGCUUCAGACACCAGCACAGCCCAGAGCCAGCUGCACCCACACAGGCUGGCCGGGCUGUGUCGGUGGGGGGAAGGGGAGAGGCCCGUCUGGAGCCUGGCUGGGGGAGAGGGGUCUGGCUGACAAACGCAGCAGCUGUUUGUAUUGGGACUCUUAGUGGGUGGGAGCACGGCGGGCCCUGCCACUGAUGUGUGCACCACUGGGGGGGGGGGUGGCUGGCAGGCUCUGCUAUCGGUGUGUGCACCCCUGGGAGGGCCUGACGGGCCCUGCCACCGGUGCGUGCGCCCUUGGGGGUGCUGGC